GAUCCAACAUUAUUAAUUAACAAAAAUAUGAUAAAUAACAAUUAAAGAAAAUGUAACUACAAAAGCUUGUAAUCAUAAAUCAUCCACGUAGAUACGUCAUAUGUAAGCGUUAAGCAAACUUUUUUUUUUUUUGGUAAAAAGUUAAAUUUUAUACCAUUUUAAGAUUUUUGACAGAAGUUACAGAAAAUACAAGAACGGAUUAAAGCACACUACAGAAAAUUAAAAACAACAUUACUACUCAAAAAACUUCGGAUUGCAGCUGAGUAAUUAUGACUAAGUUGCGAAGGGAAACACCGAUUUCAAGUCCGCGAAACUUGGAAAUUUGCGUGAUUGCCACAAUACCGAAGUAUUGGAAUCCUCAUCGUUGUUGCCACGAGCUCAACUAUCUGAGAUCCGUCCACAAACCUCGAGAUAGGUGCCUACAGAUUCUCAAAGAACUAACGCAAAAACGUAAAGACAACCGCGGACUUCUACACUAACUCGUUGAGUUAGUGAUGCCACUUAGACCUAUCCGCCGCCUCUAUUCAACCCUCGGUGAACAUAGCCAUAACACCCAAAGGCUCACCUUCACCAAAUGAACCAACACCGACAACACCAUGAACAACAAAACUCCACCUGAAAGCAAACCAGAGAUGAAGCAAAAGGGACGAAACCCAAUGGACACAGAGAAUCCAUACCCAUGGCCGAAGAGGCUACCACCCUCAACUGCCCACCAAUGGAGGAGAGACGUCGACCACCAAACAAAACCCACAACGCCACUAACCACCACGAACAAUCCACAAGAGCCAAACGACUCCUUGGAUUGCCUCCACAAGAGAAGCCCGUCGGAUCAAUCACACCAUCACCAGAGCUGGAGAAAAAACAGGUAGAGAGACCCGAGAAGAGAAGAUCUGCCACACCGAAAACUCACCGUUGUGCCCAAAUCAAAGAAGAACGACGAUGUCUGAAGAAACAUGGCGAUGCACCACCAAUUUAUCAGAUCUGGAAGAUGGUCCCGUCGAUAGGAGCCGCACAACCGCUACAGUCGUCUCAUCAAAGCCACUGCCUUAAACGGAGAGAGACACGCCGCACGUCCUUUGCUCCGUGCGUGACCACUCGCCGCAUACCACCAACAAGAGACGAAGAGCAAGCCAGAUUUGAACACCACCGGAGCUUCAAAGGAGAGGCAGAGGAGAUAAGAGAGAGGAAAGGAGAAGAGGGAGAAGCCCUCUCCGGCCACCGGUGAGAAGCACCGUGACCGGAGAGGCACAGAUCUAGAUUUGGUUUUGGUUUACUGUAGCGUCGUUCUCGCUUAAUCAAUCGCCGCGCGUGAUCUUCUUUAAAUACUUGAGUGUAUAUAUGUUCCGCGUUAAGCAAACUUCUCACUCUGUUUAUCAGAUGUCAUCCAUAGAAAUUGUCUAACAAAUUGGAUGAUGUAAUCAUCAUCAUCAUCAUCAUCAUGAAUCGUGAUAACUACGAGAAUAUACUAAUUGUCGGAUCAGCAAUUAUCUAUAUUGAACCCAUUAAAAGAUUAUAAAUGUCUGUAUACAAAGAAGUCG